GUGGCGGGGGGUGGGGGGGAAAGUUUGCAUUGCAAUCCCCCUGCCUUCCUCUCUUUUCUCCAGAUCAAUGCAUAUUUGCAAAAGGAUUAAGCCACAGAUUUAAGCUCUGGAGCCCAUUUCUGCUUUGCAAAGGAGCCGGGACUAAAAACAACCCAAAAUCCAGCUCUGAUUUCUUUUCACCAAGUGGGAAGGAUUUGGAGACAGCUUGAACGAUAAAAAAGCCUUGGUAGUUCCAAGGAGCCGAGCAGAGGAGAAGAGGAGGAAACAGGGGCUGCUGUUGCCUUUGGAGAUGGAUGAUCAGCCCAGGUUGAUGCAUUCCCAUGCUGGGGUGGGGAUGGCAGGACACCCCGGCCUGUCCCAACACUUGCAGGAUGGGGCUGGAGGGACCGAGGGGGAGGGAGGGAGAAAGCAGGACAUUGGAGACAUUUUACAGCAAAUUAUGACCAUCACAGACCAGAGUUUGGACGAGGCGCAGGCCAGGAAACAUGCUUUAAACUGCCACAGAAUGAAGCCUGCCUUGUUUAAUGUGUUGUGCGAAAUCAAAGAAAAAACAGUGCUGAGUAUCCGAGGAGCCCAGGAGGAGGAGCCGACAGACCCCCAGCUGAUGCGAUUGGACAACAUGCUGUUGGCGGAGGGAGUAGCAGGGCCGGAGAAAGGUGGGGGAUCUGCAGCAGCGGCGGCAGCAGCAGCAGCAUCUGGGGGAGCUGGCUCAGACAACUCAGUCGAGCAUUCUGACUACAGAGCCAAACUCUCACAAAUCCGACAGAUCUACCACACAGAACUGGAGAAAUAUGAACAGGCAUGCAACGAGUUCACUACACACGUGAUGAACCUGCUUCGUGAGCAGAGCCGGACCAGGCCUAUCUCGCCAAAGGAGAUCGAAAGAAUGGUGAGCAUCAUCCAUCGUAAAUUCAGCUCCAUCCAGAUGCAGCUCAAGCAGAGCACAUGCGAAGCAGUCAUGAUCCUACGCUCGCGGUUUUUGGACGCGAGGCGGAAGAGACGAAACUUCAACAAGCAAGCCACAGAAAUCCUGAAUGAGUAUUUCUAUUCCCAUCUCAGCAACCCUUACCCCAGUGAGGAAGCCAAAGAGGAGCUAGCCAAGAAAUGUGGCAUCACGGUCUCACAGGUGUCAAACUGGUUUGGAAAUAAGCGAAUCCGGUACAAGAAGAACAUAGGUAAAUUUCAAGAGGAAGCCAAUAUUUAUGCUGCCAAAACGGCUGUCACAGCUACCAAUGUGUCAGCCCAUGGAAGCCAAGCUAACUCACCCUCAACUCCCAAUUCAGCUGGUUCUUCCAGUUCUUUUAACAUGUCAAACUCUGGAGAUUUGUUCAUGAGCGUGCAGUCACUCAAUGGGGAUUCUUACCAAGGGGCCCAGGUUGGAGCCAACGUGCAGUCACAGGUGGAUACCCUUCGCCAUGUUAUCAGCCAGACAGGAGGAUACAGUGACGGACUUGCAGCCAGUCAGAUGUACAGUCCGCAGGGCAUCAGUGCUAAUGGAGGUUGGCAGGAUGCUACUACCCCUUCAUCAGUGACCUCCCCUACAGAAGGCCCUGGCAGUGUUCACUCUGAUACCUCCAACUGAUCUCCCAGCAAUUGCAUCCCUGACUGACCUCCUCCCCUAAUGGGGGGGCCGGGGCAGGAGGGAGGGUUUCUCUCCCCAACGCUGAAGCAGUCAGACUGGAGGUCGGAGCAAUCAGCAAACACAAUAAGAGUCUCCUUCUCUACUCUUCUUCGGGAUGCUAUUUCAGCCAAUCUGGACACUUCUUUCUACUCUCUUCCCUUUCUUUUCUGGGUAGAAGCCACCCCUUUCCCUUGCCUCCAGCUGUCAGCCCUGUUUCCUCCAUCCUCCCUGCACCUUUCCCUCGCCCCGCGGCCUCUGCUACAUCACUGAAGGAUAUUUUCAACAGUUAGAGGAAUUUAAAGAGGAGAAAAAAAAGACAAAUUACAAAAAAAAAAACAAAAACAAAACAUUAAUAAACGUGUUUGUACAUUUUCAUGCUGGUGGUUUGAGGAGCCAAAUUUACCUCACUCCUAGACUGACAGGCAACCCUUCUUCUCUUUCAGUGUUUCUUGUACUCACACUACCUCUUAGCAGGAAGACGCCACAUUGCCCUCCCCAUUCCACAUGCCCCUCUGCCCUUUGCCCUUGGUCUUCCAUUUCUGGGAGCAGUUCCAAAUCAGAACAGCUUCCCGUUUUUUUUGUCCCCUAUCCCAAUGACUCUUGGGCGAAGCACCGUAGAUGGAUUUAUAAUGCUCUCUCAUUUCCAGUUUUCAUUCUGACAGGUAGAUUCCCAGUGCUGCCUGCCCAUACACUAAGGAAUUGGGCAGCCGGGUAGGGGAGGCAGAGAGUGGGAAGAGACAGAAUUCCUGGGUGCCUUCUCUCCCAUCUACAGCUGCUCUUGAUUUCUGAGGCACGGUUCAUGGAGAACAUUCAACAAUCCAUAAGCAUUCAUUAGUUUCUCACUGCAUGUCUAGCACUAGGUUAGGCAAGGAAAAGGGAGAAGGAACUAGAAGGUCCUGCCCAGAAAGUCUCCAACCAGACCCUCCUCCAUUUACCCACUCCCCAAACCCUUACACAUCACAUAUGGAUACUUAACAUAAGUAACCCUAACACUAUGCAUGUGGUGAGAUGAAGAGAGAAGAAUCAUCAGUUCUGAAUCAGGGUCACUGUUAGAAGAAAUAGGAGGCAAGGGGUGGGGAAUUUCAGGACCACUAAGCAUAUAUGAUGGGAUGGGCAGGAAUGAACAAUAAAAGAGGUAGCAUUUCUAGUGGAGAUUAUUUCCAUUCCCAUCACUAUUUGAGCUCUCAGAAAGCCAUAUACAGUACCUACGAUGUCUGUAGUGGACUUGUCUUUUAAUUUAGGUAUAUCAUACCAAUUGCCAAGCUUUGUAGAAUACUCUAUCCUUGACUCUGAACAUCUUGCUAUAGAAGAGAACAGAAACCAUGGUACAAUGCUAAUUAUUGGCCUAGUUUGAACUAUAAACUUGAGAGCAUUGUGGAAGGAGGAGUAAGAAUUUCUUAUUGAGUUCAUCACAGUAGUUUCUAUCCCCUGGGCACAUCUAAGAGAGAAGCAUUUGUUCUUAGCAGGGUAUUCUCCAACAUCCCCUAAGCAGUCAGGCAUUAACAAUUUUCAUAGCCAACUAUGCAAGCAAUAAAGCUGCAAACCUGUCCCUGACAAAGCAGAAGGUGGCUAAAUCUCUUAGUGCCUCAAUUUCUUUAUCUGUGAAUGGGGAGAGUUAUGCCUACCUUGCCAAGAACUUUGUAAGACUUCAAUGUAUAUACCUAUAUAUAUUUUUAGAACAGAGUUGAGAUCCUUGUAUCAGAGCAACUCUUGGGUCUACCGAGUCUUGUUUGCUCUCUGGUUAUCUCUACUUGCUAUCUCUAGUAUAUAUGUAAAGUGAUGGUCUCUUGGCAUGAACUAACCUAUGUUAUGUAGGUGAAAUAAAGGGCUUUAUUGCUCUAAUUCCUGCUAAUAUUAUAAUUAGAAAGAAAGGCCAUUUUCUAGCUUGAGUUACUGUUUCUAAGUGAACUGAUAGGUUCUGCCUGAUUCUAUUGCCUUGAACAUGAGUCCAAUAUAAGACAUUGUCAAGUACUUUUGGAAAUAGCCUGCUCACAGUCACUCACCAUGCCCAGCAUCCUCUCAUUCUGACACUUUCCAGUUGGAUGCCAAAGUUCUGAGGGCAAGGACAAGCAUUUUCAGAAUGCAUCUGGUCAUCAUCAUACUAUGGCACUGUGAAAAUGAAUGAAAGCUCUUCCUUCUGGGGGGAGGGGGGGAUUGAUGUCCUCCUCCCCCCUACAUAAGAAACUCAGAAAACCUAAGUUUCAAAGAAAUUUAAAAUUAACUUGCUAGCAGGUAGAGUUAUACCUUGAGGACCAAUUGAAGUGUUUUAAUGAAAUGGGAAGAGAACUAGUCUCAUGAAUCUUAAGAUUCAAAUUUGUGGUGGGAAAGUAUUAAUAGCUCUGUGGAAGCAUCAUUCCCCGUUCUCUGUUAUAGAGCCGUAAGUGGGGCUUCUCUUGGAUAGAAUUCUUAUUGUUAGGAUCAAUGGGGAGGUUCUGUUUUACCAGAAAUAGCACCCACUCCUACCCUAUUUAAGAACAUCAGAGUCAAAGGCUAUGCUGUUGGCAGAAUAAAAGGGUAUGGUUACUACCAAAAGGAUUCCUAUUUAUUGAGAACAAUAAGAUCCCAAUCCAUCCUAGACCUUCAGGCCCAGAUACAUGAUGAUCAUAAGCAAGUGGGAAGGAAAACUCAGAGCAGAGCCUCGUUCCCAUAUACUAUUUCUCCCACACCUUUCAUUUAUACUUUGCUCCACUCUCAAAGCAUCUCCCACAUUACACUCUUCACCUUAUUCCCCAUCUCUCUCUGUCCCACUCCUUUGGAAAGAUUUCAAGUCCAUCAAACACCACUAUGCCACCAUCAUGGCAGCCAAGAGAGCUCUUUCACUGUUGGGUCAAGUAGGAGCUCAGCAAAAGGAUAGGGCGUGGCAGUGCCUCCUGAAAUGGAACACUAAUUCAAUCCAUAGUCAGCCACUUGGGCACCAUUUCUGUCCCCAGAUGCCCUUCAUUUUCUAGGGGAAGUAGGUGCCCUUAAUGUUUCCUGGCAGCAGAUUAUCCCUGAAAAAUUAUUUGCCAGAGCUUUGGUUUACUUACCCUGUUCAUAAUGUCCUCCUUUCAUCUCCCUUCUCCUUCCCUUGUGUAGUUAUUGAUUCCCUUGAAGUAUUUUUGCCAACUUACAUCUUUUAAUUUGCUUUUUCUUUUGGCAAUGAUGAUCAUUCUUUCUUUCCUACUUGCC